CAUCGGCAACGCACUACCAGUCAGUCACCAGUAUGUGUACAAGAGCAGUCCCAUUUUUUAAUUCCACACUCUCCCUCUCCAUACCUCCAUCACCGGCCAUGAACGUCGAUGGAUUGCUCGAGCCAUGAUCACGAGCAAGCCAAGCGCAGGUGGACACACGCCAUUUGUUGUAGAGUCUUGUCGAGACUCAAGAUCCAUGCUCUCAUCUGGACGUGACCUCGACACUCGAUUGUUCAACGCCCACGGCGAGGCGGAGGAUCCUAGGGCUUCGGUUUCACCAUCAUCUUCGGUACAUUCAUUGCAUUUUGUGUAGCUAGCAAUCGGUAACGAACCGCUCCACUGCUUUUCCAACCCCGAAAAAAAAGAUGCGCCACGCAGCGGAGGAGCAGAGCCGAGACACAACGGACGCCCGCGUACGACCCUCCGACGUUCUGCCUGUCUUCAGCGCAGGUGUCACCGCUGUCGGUGUCAUCGACAUGGUGGCAGAGCGCCAAGUGAACCUCGGCCUUGCCAAGCCGCAAAAUGCGGGGGGCAAAAAUGAUAUUACUGAUCACGUGAACGACAGACCUGCGACUAUAGCUGAUCAAGACAGCGAGAAAAGCAGCCCAGUCGAGUCUCAAGAGCCCAGCUUUCCAGACGGAGGCUGGAGGGCAUGGUCGGUGGUCGCUGGCUGUGGUCUCAUCUAUUUUAGUACUUUUGGACUCUACGUCGGUCAGAGCGCGGUCCUUCAGGAGUACUUCACUACAGAGCUGCUGCGUGACAAGUCCAAUUCGCAGGUCGCAUGGAUCACGUCCUUCCAAGUCUUCCUGCUGUACGCCAGCGGGUUAUUCACAGGGCGUCUGUUUGACGCUGGGUAUUGCCGCCACAUGAUGCUCACGUCCAUGGUUCUCAUGGUGCUCUGCCAAAUGUGUGUUUCGCUAUGCACCGAGUACUACCAACUCUUCCUUGCACUCAGCGUUGGCGCCGGGCUGCCGAUGGGCAUCCUGUUUAACACCACCAGCGUGAUCCCGACGCAAUGGUUCUUCAAGAAGCGGGCAUUUGUCAUCUCCAUCGUCGUCUCCAGCAGCUCCGCGGGUGGUGUCAUAUGGCCAAUUGCACUCUCACAUCUCAUUCGGGACAUAGGCUUCCCAUGGACCAUGCGCUUCGUCGGGUUCCUUCUCAUGCUCCUGUUCGCCGUUGCCUUCCUACUGAUCAAGACGCGCCUCCCGCCAAAAGGCAUAGAAAAGGGGCAAAAUGUGCUGCUCAGCCUGUUAGACGUCCAAAGCUUCUACAACCCUGCCUUCGUAUUGCUCGUUGCAGGCGUGUGUCUCGCUGUUUUUGGGUUCUACAUCCCAUACCAGUAUCUUUCGAUCUAUGCUUGCGACAAAGGGUUGCCUCUUGGGUCCUACUAUGUGUCUAUUCUCAAUGCUUCAUCAACAAUUGGGCGCAUAGGACCUGGCCUUUUAGCCGAUCGGUACGGUCGGCUGAAUGUCCUAGUUCCUUUCGUCGCCCUCACCGCUCUUAUGGUACUCAUCAUGUCGGCCUGCACGACGCACACCAGUCUGGUCGUCUACUGCAUAUUCUUUGGCAUUUGCGGUGGCUCGUUCAUCGGCCUAUGGAUAUCCAGUGCUGCUCAGUUCGGCCCAACGCACAGCAUAGGCGCGCGAUUAGGAACGAUCAUGUUCAUCGUUGCGUUCCCUGCGGUCGUCGGCACGCCCAUCGCUGGCGCCAUCCUCGGUGACGGGCAGCAGCUCCCCUAUCGCUGGUGGCCCAUGACCGCGUACGGCGGAGGUCUCGGCUUCAUAGGUGCUGGGCUCAUCGCCCUGGCGCGAUGGAAGGCGAGCAAACAAGCGAAAUCUUGGCUAGUUUGACCCUUUGGCCAUCCUUCUGCCUCAGCAUUGCACGGUGGAUUUAUAACAAGCUGCAAUGCCUCAUCUGUGCCCUCUUCCAUGCAGUUUUCCACACAUGCUGUACCAUAGAGGUCUUCUUCGAUUUACGCAGCUUUCAAUUGCAA